UCCGCCUCCAAACCCGCCCAAGUCGCCAAAGGCGCUCAAGCGCCCCCCGGGGAGCCGAGGCUCCGAGUCGGGGUUGUCGUUGUCGGCGGAGAAGGGUCGCUCCAUCAGCAGCAGGUGCCAGAGCUGCAAGACAAGAGGGUGUGUGUGCUGACACUCAGGUGAGCUUCGUACCUCCGCAAACUCGCUGGUUGUGUCGUCGAGGCCGUUGGCUCCGCCCUCCAAGAGACUGCUGGGAACACAACAGGAGAUAAGUGGAGAUCAGAGCACCUAUGGGGUCACAAAACUUACCUGGAAUCUUCUGUCACUUCUUCUAUGAAGCCCGAGUCACAAGAAAAUGGUGAUGGUUGGAGAGCUGACAAGUGGGUCCAUGACAAUGACUUCUGUUUUGUUCCAUUAGCCGUUUUACUGCCGUGUGACCGACCACCGUUUGGAAACAUUUGAGAUGACGAGUCAGGAGGUGCGCUUGUGUGGUCUUCUUCUGCGAGAGCAUUUUGGAGAGGUGGUGGAGAAAGUAGGAACACAUCUGCUCAGAGGCGGAACACAGAAUCUAAGAACCAUCCUUCAUGAGACUGGCAUCUCUCUAGACCUGGUGAAAAAGUCCCUCUGUGUGCUCAUGCAGCACGGUACUUGCCUGUUCAGCCCAGGCCGCAAAGGACCCGGGAGCCCCGCCGAGUACCGCAGCAGCUGCGAUGUCAUCCUGAAAAUCCUGCGUUACCCACGCUACAUCUACACAGCCAAGACCCUGUACGGCGACACCGGAGAGCUCGUUGUCGAGGAGCUGCUGCAGCGAGGUCACAUGACCAUGAGCAGCAUUGUGAAAAUAGUGGCGGAUCGCCUCACACAGACAAUGGAGGAUGGCCACAGCAUGGACUACAAUGAAGUAACUUCUGCCUUCUCCAAACUGGUGGAGACACAUUUUCUUCAACGCUGCCCUCCGGUGGAAACCACAAGAAGCGCGGGCAGCGCAGAAUCCGCCUCUGCAGCCGAUACUCCCGUCGCCAUAGUCGCCCCCGCCCCAGAGAGCUUCCCCGACUGCUACAGGAUGCCGCAAGUGACGCUCGUUGGACGAGGAAAGAGGCAGCUGGAGGACGCCGAGGAGCAGAGCAAUGCAAAGAAGGCCAGGAUGGAUACAGCGACUCAUGGUGAUGAAGGCGUCUACUGGCAGGUGAAUUUCGAGAGGUUCCAUCUCCACUUCAGAGACCAGGCCAUCAUUGGUGCUGUGGCCAAUAAACUAGACCAGACCAGCAGUGAGAUAGUGAGGACCAUGCUGAGGAUGAGCGAGGUAACAACUUCGCCCACGGCCGCAAACACAAAGCCCCUCGCCGCCAACGAGAUCUACAGGUCCCUGCCAGCCACCUAUAACAUCCCUAGACCCAUUUUGGACCAGUACCUCACUCUGCUGGUGGAUGACCCGAUGGAGUUUGUGGGCAAGGCUGGCGAGAGUGGAGGCGGGAUGUUUGUCGUCAACUUGCACCAAGCGCUGGCCAAUCUAGCGCGGGCCACUGUGGAAUCUGCUGUACAAGAGAGGUUUGGGUCACGAUCCGCUCGCAUAUUUCGUCUGCUGCUAAAGAAGAAACACCUGGAACAGAAGCAGGUGGAAGAUUUUGCUAUGAUUCCAGCCAAGGAGGCUAAAGACAUGCUCUACACGCUUCUCUCACAGAACCUGGUCCAGCUGCAGGAAAUCCCCAAAACUCCAGACUUUGCACCCUCUCGUACCUUCUAUCUUUACACGGUCAACCAACUGUCCACUGCAAGGAUGUUGCUCCAGAACUGCUACAAGACUGUGGCCAACCUCAUAGAGAGACGACUGUUUGAGACGACAAAUAGCAAGCGUCUGCUGGAGAAGUCCCAGCGCAUUGAGGCCAUCAUGGCCUCCCUGCAGGCCAGCGGGGCGGAGCCGGAACAGUUGACGGAGGUGGAGGAGAUGAUCACCGCUUCCGAGAAGCAGCAACUGGAGUCUUUGCGGCUUCACGUCAACAAGUUGGAUUCAGCAGAGACCCAAGUGGAUGAAACCAUCUUUCUGCUUGAAUCUUACGUCCAGGCCACCGUCUCAUCCUCAAGCUGAGUAAGACUUUGCCUGUCCAAAAGUACUUAGACCUUGUGCAUCAGUAAUGCCGAACGUGGCUCUUUUAUUGUUUGUUGACUUUUGAGUUGCAUAAAAUCUGAUCAGAAUGUUGUUUAUUUCCUGAAAAUUCUAAAACAUAAUUUGGAUUGAAAAGUCAUCACUAGGCGAUAAUUACUGAUAUGUUUUAUGGGUAACACUUUAGUAUGGGGAACAAAUUCUAAGUAACAAAGACUUAAUUUAGAGUUAUUUGGUCAGGGUUGGGGUUAGUAAUGGUGAAUAUGUUCCCCAUACUAAAGUGUUACCGGCUUACUGGUUGUAUAAUAAGGCCAUGCAGAAUAAGGCAUUAAUAAGUACUUAAUAAUGACUAAUUAAGAGCCAAUAUGUUACUAUUUUGCAUGUUAAUAAGCAACUAAUUAAUGGUGAAUAUGUUCCCCAUACUAAAGUGUUACCGUUUUAUGACCUAUGGAAAAUAAGGACCAGGAAAAACAUAUUAAGUGUAAACAUUUGUAUUUCAAAUGUAACCUUCCUCUGAUUAUAAUCCCCUCAGCUAUCAAGGCAGAAAAGAAAGGAAAUGUCAACACAAGCAUGGAAAACACUCAUCCAUCCAUCCAUUUUCUACCGCUUAUUCCCUUUGGGGUUGCGGGGGGCGCUGGAGCCUAUCUCAGCUACAAUCGGGCGGAAGGCGGGGUACACCCUGGACAAGUCGCCACCUCAUCGCAGGGCCAACACAGAUAGACAGACAACAUUCACACUCACAUUCCCACACUAGGGCCAAUUUAGUGUUGCCAAUCAACCUAUCCCCAGGUGCAUGUUUUUGGAGGUGGGAGGUAAACAAAAUUGUGAAAUCACAUUGAAAAAGUGCAAAAAUAAGGAAUAUGUAAGAAGUGCUUAAUAAAGUAACAAAAUAGACUUAAUAAACUUAAAUUGUCUGCAGGUUUAGUGCCAGGAAGUUACAGCUGUGCUCUAAAGGGUGAGUGCAGCUAAGGUGGUGUGGUAUUAGUCCGACUACGGUCUGUUUGGAAAAAAAUUAAAAACACUGCAAUACUUUCUAUUCUCUUUUCACUCCAUGCAAAGAAUCAACUGCGAGACAUCAAGAUGGCGCAACUAAACUUGAUAGUUGAUACUGUUACCUGAUUGGCUGUUACUAAUCAGUGAUCACUUAUUGCGUUGCUCGGUUACAGUUCAUGCAACCAACCUUGCUUUGCAACUUCCACUUAAAAAAAAUCAUUGUUUUAUUGGACACAUGUUUUAUUGAUAUCGAUUACAUGUCUUUCGCGAUAUAUAUUGAUAUCGUUUUUAUUGCCCAGCCCUACAUACCACAACAUUACGGCUUCACUCCAAAGUCGACGGCCCUCAAACAUAGACUACGUUUACACUGCAGGCCACAGUGGUCCAAAUCAGUUUUUUUUAAAUCAGAUUUUUUUCCAUCUGACCUUUAUCAGACUCCAGUAUUAAGGUGCACAGGCCCCAAUGUGGCCUCGAUGUCGCUUGUAUGCGCAGUUCCACAAAGUCAAAACAAAGGAAGUUGACCGGAUUCAAGGAAGUCGCUACUACUCAGUGCUGUGCCGUCAGGGCCAGCAAGGCCUAACACAACCAGAAAUCAUGAUCAUGAUUAAAGAUAAAAGUAAUUUUUAAUUUACUUUCCCUAAAUAUAUAAAAAUAUUAAUAUUCUCUUCAUGUCAUAUUAUGCUCCUUCCAGUGCUGUUGUUUUUUAGGUUAGAGUUUUUAUCCAAUCACAAUUCAGCUAGCUUAUGUUGCCAUGCUGUACUAAAUCUGCCCGGGGCCUUCAGAAUCAACAAUGAACACAUGUGGAGUUACUGUAUGUACUUAACAGAAAAAGGUGAAGUAACUGAAAACAUGUUUUAUAUUCUAGUUUCUUCAAAAGAGCCACCCUUUGCUCUUAUUGUUUUGCACACUCUUGGCAUUCUCUCGAUGAGCUUCAAGAGGUAGUCACCUGAAAUGGUUUUCACUUCACAGGUGUCAUAGUUUUUGAUGCAUUCAGUGACAAUCUACUAUGUAAAUUAAAUAGUCAUGAAAAUAAAGAAAACACAUUGA